GAAGCGCAAUGUUUUAAUACAGCCGAACGUGUUCGAGCAGAUCUUUUAAUUGGAGCAUAUAAAGCAGAGCAAAUUCCGUGGGAAUAGUUUGUUUUGAAAACAGUGGAGAGCACCAACAUCGCCAACAGGCCACUUCUCAAAGAAUGCAACUUCGUGUACUUCGAGUUAUUGUGUGUACUUUCUGUGUUGUCGACAUGGAGUAGUUCGGAAGGGGGUGGAAGCGGUGUUCCUUGACUCGGUUUCUCGCUUAUGGACGACAGUAGUCCCCUUUCUCCAAAGGCAAAUGCUUUCAGUAUUGCCCGUCUGAUUUCAGCGAGGGAUCAAGCAGGAAACACAACGUUUGACAAACACGCCACUAGCCUGGACAAGCAAGUGGUGCAAAACUGCUCCAGAUCCAUUAAAAUGCAUUACAGCACUGUCACGCGGGAGAUGGAAGCCUUCACGACCAGCAGCCUGAGCAGUCUCAAUACGCCCGGGAGUUACCAUCUCUCUCCUUCCCCUGGGGAUCCUUACAGCCAUCAUGAAAGCCAGUUUGAGCCGUGCCCGGCUGCCCAGCACGGCUACAGCUAUUCCGGAUCCAACCCAGCCCAGGCCCCGGCACAGGGAGACUCCGGAACGUCCAACUGCUCCUCGUCGUCGUCAAGCUCAACGCCGAACAAAACGCUGGUGAAAAAGAACCCUAAAGUAGCCAAUAUUAAUGUACAGUUGGAAAUGAAGGCGCUCUGGGAUGAAUUUAAUCAACUUGGGACUGAAAUGAUUGUCACAAAAGCUGGGAGACGAAUGUUUCCUACAUUUCAAGUCAAAAUAUUUGGAAUGGACCCAAUGGCAGAUUACAUGCUCCUGAUGGAUUUCCUACCAGUGGAUGAUAAACGAUACAGGUAUGCCUUCCACAGUUCAUCGUGGCUGGUGGCCGGGAAAGCUGAUCCAGCGACUCCAGGAAGAGUGCACUAUCACCCGGACUCACCUGCCAAAGGAGCGCAGUGGAUGAAACAGAUCGUUUCCUUCGAUAAACUAAAACUAACCAACAACCUACUGGACGACAACGGACAUAUCAUACUGAACUCAAUGCACAGAUACCAGCCCAGAUUCCACGUGGUCUACGUGGAUCCUAGGAAAGACAGUGAGAAAUACGCCGAGGAAAAUUACAAGACAUUUGUUUUCGAGGAGACCAGAUUUACCGCCGUCACAGCGUAUCAAAACCACAGAAUAACACAACUGAAAAUCGCCAGCAAUCCGUUUGCCAAGGGCUUCAGAGACUGUGAUCCGGAGGACUGGCCCAGGAAUCACAGGCCGGGCUCUCUGCAAAUCAUGAGUGCGUUUGCUCGAACCAGGAACCCCAUGUCCUCUCCCCCACAGAAUAACCAAAAAAAAAAAUAAGACAGCAGGCGAGAAUAUGAGCGUGACCCCAGCGGCACCCCCCUCCAUUCCGACCCCGCUCACCAACUGAUGUCCCGAGUCCUCAGCCCAGCCCUUCCGGUCCUUGGCGGCCUACACACUGUGCCCCUCACAGCCGGCCAUCGCACCCCACCCCAUGAACUACGCUUAGAUGGACACCCCCAACCCCCAGACACCUUGCACCAUCAUCCAUACAAGUACCCAACCACCUAUGAACACUAUCUGGGAGCCAAAACCAGACCAUCCCCGUAUCCCUCACCGAGCAUAAGAGGCCACGGUUACCACCCUCACAUGAACCCAGCCACAGCCAACAUGUACUCUGCAACAAGUGCGCCAACUAAUUAUGACUACGCACCCAGAUAAUGACUCAGUUGGCACCCCGAAUUGGGUGAGAGCCUCACAGGACAAAACAUACUGAGAAAAAAAAACACAUACCUUUGUGUCCCAGACUCAUGAAACAUGUUGAGCUUUGGGUCGGGCACAUCUUUUGCAGUGGCUUCUAACCUUUGGAAAGAGAAGCUGUCAUAUUUAUUGAAGGGAGAAAUGUCACAAAUGUCCUUGUGGAUCAUUAGGAUGAGCCCUGUGGACCCAACAUUAGCUCUGGACGUCCUGUGAACACAGUGGCAGGGCACCUGGAAACUGCAGUAUAACUAGUGUUUGGAGUAACGAGGAGGACAAAGACUUCUUUAGACAAAUAAUGCAUUAUCACGGACUGGAAUUGAACUUUUGUGUUGGAUGCACUUUUUGUUUUUGCUUUUAAAAAGCCAUAAAUUAUAUAUUACCCUUGAGCCAUUGAGCUUCUAGAUAGAUGGCAUAUUUGCAUGUUGCGCUGUUUUGAAGGUGCUGAAAUGCCCUGAAAUGAUUUUUUUUUUCCUGGUUGAGAAUGUUUUUUUUUUUUUUUUUGAAAAUGCUAGACCACCUUAAGCAGGUCCCUGAAGCUUGUAACGUGGCACUGACCUACAGCAAUUCAAAUAAAUAAAUGAACAGAAUGACUGUGCUGAACUUGUAAAAUAAACAUUAAAUAUUUUACCUUUAAACAUG